AUGGGCGGCGACAAGUUGGCCGCGCUGCUGGCCAAAGCCAAAAGCCUCGAAAAGCAAAAGCAGCCGGUCCCGCAGGUCCGGCGCGACGUCAACUGGUGGGUCGCCCGGUAUGGCUGCGCCGUGACGCCCGCCAGAGAAAAGGACGCGCCGGCCGCGGAGGCGGUCUACCACGCCAUUGUAGCCAACGACGUCCGCGCGCUACGCCACUGUUUAGAGGCCCACCGCCACUUGUGCUUUGUCAAGCUCUUUGGCGAGAACAAGCGCACGGCGCUGUACGUUGCGAGUGCCCUUGGAAAGCUCGAGUGUGUGAAGGAGCUCUUGAAGCACGGCGCCGACCCGCGCGUGGCCUGCGACGGCUACUUGCCCGCGGACGUUGCAGGCGCCUAUGCGCGCGACCCGGUCGCGACGAUGAAGAUCAAGCACCUCUUUGGCGCGUUUCCGCGCCCCCAAGUGCAUUUGGUGCCCCACCCGACGAGCAAAGAGGGCCGGUGCCGCGUCGACAUUCACUUUAGCGAGCCCGUUUGGGACUUUGCGCCCACCGACGUCGUCGUGACGGGCUGCGUGUGCGUCCACUUGACGCUCUACACGGACGACUUUUUCGCUGUCCAUCUCCAGCUCCACGGCCCCGCGUCAGUGACCGUGCCUAUGAACGCAGCUCGGCGCAAGGGGUCUGGCCUCCCCAACGACGCGUCGAUCACGGUUCAUCUCGAGUGGCAUCAAUAA